UUGAAUCCUCUUCGAAGCCGCUUUCUGCUUCCGUCUUUUCAUUUUCCGCAUAUAUAACACGAAAGAAAAUUCUUUUCUUUGUAAAGAGAAGCUUCUAGAGGGGGGAAUAAGGAAAACGAAGAGAUCAUCGGUUUACGCUUUACGGUGAACAGAAGGAAAGAAAGAGAAUGGUUUCGAAUUCGGCAUUGAGCGCAGCAGCCAAACAAGCCGAGCAAUUGAGGAAAGAUGGCAACAUUUAUUUUAAGAAAGAUCGUUUUGCGGCUGCCAUCGAUGCUUAUACUGAGGCGAUUACUUUAUGCCCUAAUGUUCCUGUAUAUUGGACGAAUCGCGCUCUUUGCCAUCGCAAGAGGAAUGAUUGGUCGAGAUUGGAAGAGGAUUGCCGGCGAGCUAUUCAGCUUGACCACAGUUCCUUCAAGGCACACUACAUGUUGGGACUUGCCUUUCUUAAGAAGAAAGAAUUAGAUGAAGGUGUCAAGGAACUACAAAAGGCAUUGGAUCUUGGAAGGGGUGCAAAUCCAAAGGGUUAUAUGGUAGAUGAGAUUUGGCAGGAGCUUGCAAAAGCGAAAUACUUGCUGUGGGAGCAUGCAUCUUCCAAGCGUUCAUGGGAAUUGCAAAGUUUGAUGGAGGCUUGUGAAACUGCUCUUAGAGAAAAAUAUUUCCUUGAUGAUCAACCAGAAGGUUUCUUAGACGAGGCUGGUGUUUCUCAUAUAAAACAAUUGGAUGCUCUGAGACGUGUGUUUAGGAAAGUUGGUGAAGCUGACAUCCCUGGGGAGGUGCCGGAUCACUUGUGUUGUAAAAUCACAUUUGAUAUUUUCCGUGAUCCUGUUAUUACUCCGAGUGGAGUUACGUAUGAGAGAGCAGUGAUCCUUGAGCAUCUUCAGAAGGUUGGUAAAUUUGAUCCAAUCACACGUGAACCGCUCGAUCAAUCCCAGCUUUUUCCGAACUUGGCAAUAAAGGAAGCAGUCCAAGCAUAUUUAGAUAAGCACGGUUGGGCUUACAAAAUGGACUAAACGGUGGAAUAUUGUUGUAGUUUUGCUGGACAUGCCAAUGAUUUAGCUGCAGAGUGAAAUAUUCCGAAGUAAUAGGUUAGUCUGCAUUAUCUGUGUUUGGUAUAAAUCAUUGAUUUUUGGUUUAAGCUAUUAUUACGUAGGCUUGAGUGUGUAAAAUGCCAUGGCAUGCCAUCCGUUGAAAUUGUACAGUUAUUGUCAUAACAAUUAACCUUGUACAUAUUUGUCAAAACUAAUUCAUCCAAGGGUUCCAUGUAACUA